AUGUUGGAUAUUUCUAGAGGCCUUAUAAUUGUCAACCUAAUAUUUGGACUAUGGCCUGGUUGGAGUCAAGGGGCCUAUCUUUUGGAGGAGGAUUACUAUACUGCUGGAGUGGUGGAAUUCCAAAAGUCCUCCUUGUCCGAAAACACAGCCGCCUAUGUGGAAAUAAUUAAAUCUGAAAGUGCCAGUUCCACUGAUAUUAUAGUAUUUCCGGAGAGUACUCUCAACGAUGGAAGUUCCACGUCGUUCAUCCCAGAUCCCAAGGAGCUUGUUAAUCCUUGUCUAAGUGAUCCGAAUGCCACCUUCUACGAAGAGUUCCUGGUGACCAUUUCGUGUGCCGCCCGGAAUGCCAGCAAGUACGUGGUCAUCAAUCUCACGGAGAAACAAAAGUGCGAGGAUGUCCCGGAGGACACCAGACCCUGCGCCUCGAACGGACUGAAUGUCUACAACACCAAUGUGGUUUUCGAUCGACAGGGCGUGGUGGUGUCACGUUACCGAAAGAUUCAUCUUUGGAUCGAGGAGAAGAACACCACUUUCCAGCCGGAGCUUAUCACCUUCGAAACGGAUUUCGGGGUCACCUUUGGGCACUUCAUAUGCUAUGACAUUCUCUUCUAUGACCCGGCCCACCAGCUCAUCCGGGAACAAGGCAUCAAGGAUUUUGUUUACCUAUCCAUGUGGUUCUCCCAAUUGCCGUUCCACACAGCUGUCCAGAUCCAGCAGGGAUGGGCUUACACCAACGACGUGAAUCUUCUGGCCGCCGGUGCCAGUCUUCCAUCAGACGGCAGUACUGGAUCGGGUAUCUACCAUGGAAGGAGUGGCACAUUGAUCAGUGUGAUGAGACAGGACUCCGGCGAGCGGACGCUCUAUGUGGCUCAGGUUCCCAAAUACUCCAGCAGUAGAAGCAUCCACAAGAGGGCAGGAAGAAGUGCACCCAGGCAGGUAGCCACCAGUUCCAGUAUAAGCCUGAUGAGGGACCAACUGGAGGACUACGAAUCGGAAGUGGUUGAGCUUGGAGUAGGGCCUUCUCCUGGUAAUCUCAGCAGGACUCUCUGUCAGGGCAGCUUCUGCUGUCACUUUAAUAUCUCAUGGCGAUUUCUGGAGGAGACGGAGGAGAAUGGCAGCUUCUACAGCUAUCGGAUAGGUGCCUUUGAUGGUUUGCCGAAAAGGGAUGUGGCCGAAACUAACUACAUAAGGAACUGUGGAUUGUUUAGCUGCUCUGGUUCCGGAAUAGAGGAUUGUGGUCAGUUACUUCCUAGCUCCGGGGAGUUGCAACAAUCCCGGAUAGCCUUCACCCAGUUGGAGAUUGGGGUUACCUUUCCGGAGUCGCGGGAGUUUCUGCUGAUUCCCCUGUCGCUUCUGGACAACCUGAUGCCCCUGGAACCGAGCCAGUUCGAGUGGUCUCAGGAGAAGGCCUCAGAGGAGAGCUAUCAGCACGAGGUCAGAUUCGCCCUAAAGGACUCCCAGGAGGUGAGCAACCUUCUAAGCUUUGCUGUUUAUGGAAAUUACUACGAUAAUGAGUGCACUUAUGGAGUGGGCAGCGAAGAGGAGCAAGUGUCCUGCGGCUACAAGAGUGGUUCCAGUCGAAAGGAGGUAGUUGGUCUAGGGCUACUGAUAUCCUUGGUUAUCCUGGUAGCUUUAGUAGAGUAUUGA